AUGACGGCCACCGCCAGCUGCUGCUCCAGCCCCGUCGCGUGGGCGUGGCCUCGCACCGCCCCCGCAAGCGCGAGCGCGGCCGCCCUGCGCGUGGGCCGGUUUCCCGCGGUCGCGGUGGCGGUGGCGGCCCCCGACGCGGCGUUCCAUCCGGACGUGUCCCGCGCGGCGGAGUCGCUGCAGGCGGAGUUCCGCGCCGUGGACCGCGCCAUCGCCCUCAACUCCUCCCGCGUCGCCGCCGCCUUCCGCCGCGCGCGCGUCGCCCCGCACCAUUUUGGCGGGUCCACGGGGUACGGCCACGACGACGGUGGCGGGCGGGAGGCGCUGGACUCCGUCUUCGCCGACAUCGUUGGAGCGGAGGCUGCCAUUGUGCGCCCCCAGUUUUUCUCCGGUACCCACGCCAUUGCCUGUGCGCUGUUUGCGCUUCUGAGGCCUGGGCAUGAGCUCCUGGCACUCGCUGGGCCUCCGUACGACACCUUAGAGGAGGUGAUUGGGAUCAGGGGGUCGGCCAAUGUAGGGUCACUCAAGGAUUUCGGAGUGGCGUACCGAGAAGUUCCCCUUGCAGCAGACGGUGGCCUUGAUUGGGAUGCUCUUGCUUGCUCCAUCAGGCCGGAAACUGGAUGUGCCUUCAUACAGAGAUCUUGUGGGUAUUCGUGGCGCAAGAGCUUAAGCGUAGCAGAUAUUCACAGAGCUAUAGAUUUGAUCAAGAUGCAAAAUCCAAACUGCAUGGUGAUGGUUGACAAUUGCUAUGGUGAAUUUGUUGAGACAUCAGAACCUGCAAUGGUGGGAGCAGACUUGAUUGCUGGCAGUUUGAUAAAGAAUCCAGGUGGAACUAUUGCGCCUUGUGGUGGUUAUGUUGCUGGGAAGAAACAUUUAGUUGAAGCAGCUGCAGCUCGUCUAUCUGCACCUGGGCUUGGGGUGGAAUUUGGGUCAACACCUGGCCAUGUUAUGCGUGCAUUGUUUCAAGGCUUGUUUCUUGCUCCACAAACGGUUGGAGAAGCAGUAAAAGGAGGUUUGCUAAUUGCAGAAGUCAUGUCAGCCAAGGGGUACAGAGUUCAACCACUUCCGAGGGUUCCUCGCCGUGACAUUGUGCAGGCAGUGGAGCUUGGCAGCAGGGAAAGACUCGUUGCAUUCUGUGAAGUAGUGCAACAAACUUGUCCAGUAGGAUCUUUCAUCAAACCAACUGCUGGGGAAACCCCUGGCUAUGCUUCAGAGGUCAUUUUUGCUGACGGGACAUUCAUAGAUGGAAGCACAAGUGAACUAUCAUGUGAUGGGCCCUUGAGAGAUCCAUAUGCCGUCUUCUGCCAGGUCUACGAGCCAAUCCCUUGUUGCUCCCCACAUGCAUCAGCUGAAAGGGCAGAUGAAUUAGCCUAG